AUGAAAAGAUUUAUAGAAGAUAAUAAAACUAGUUUAAUUGUAUCACUAGGUGUAAUAACAGUUUCAUCUUUAGCUUAUUUAUCAUAUAAACAAGAGUUUUUCAAAAGAAGAAUUAAUCCAUUGCCACAAACACAAAAUGAAUUAGUAGAUUUACUUCAUUAUCAAAAAAGAAUGGUAUUAAAUAGAGAUAUUGUUAAAACAUUAAGAUAUGUCGAUAGAAAAUUGUUUUUGGAUGAGGAUUGUAAAAAUCCAUAUUAUGAUGAGCCCAAACCAAUAGGUUAUAAUGCUACAAUUUCAGCACCACAUAUGCAUGCUGUAAUGUUGGAUUAUUUAGCUGCUUAUAUACCAAAGAAUAAUGGUUUGGCGCUAGAUAUCGGUAGCGGUUCAGGGUUUGUUAGUGCAUGUUUGGCAGAUUUAAUGGGUGCAACAGGUAAAGUGGUUGGUGUUGAACAUAUCCCAGAAUUGGUUGAUAGAGCUAAGAAUAGUAUUAAUAAAUUAGAUAGUGAGCUAUUAAAUAGAAUCGAGUUUAAAGUGGGCGAUGGUAUCCAAGGUUAUGAUAAUGGCACAAAGUAUGAUGUUAUUUAUUUGGGUGCCGCCAUCGAAUCAUUAGGGGUUGCAGCUACAUUAAUAGACCAAUUAAAACAAGGUGGUAGAAUGAUCAUGCCAGUAGGUAAGUCUGAAGAUUUCCAUGAAUUAAUGAUUGUAGAUAAAGAUAUAGAUGGCAUGGUUAGUGUAAAAUCAUGUGGAGUUGUUAGAUUUGUACCAUUGGUUAAAAAUAAAGAGGAGCAGUUAUCAAUUUAUAAAUCACCAAAUCAAACUAAAAGCCCAGAUUAUUCCUGCUCCUGA